AUGGAGCAACAAUUGCGCAUUUGGCUACGCCAUUCGAUCGUUUUCGGACUCUACAUCAGUCCAACGAAGAAAACGCAGUAUAUAAGCAGACGCAAUCAAGCACUACAACUACAACAUUUGAAGAUAGUUUAUCUGGCCUUGCUAUUAUUUGCGCUCUGUGCAAUCUAUAUAAGAGCACUCGCCUCACGCAAACCUAUACCGGGGAUAGCCAGCCAGGCAGUGACCACUAUAAUCUUUAGCUCACGAGCGUUGACGAGUUUAAUAAUUGUAGCCGAAGGCCUUUGGCGUCAACAACAGCAGGAGACUUUCUUGAGAUUACUGCAAGAUAUUGAAUUCUCACUGAAAUUGCGGCUAAGGGAGGAUAUCAAAUGGAAUAAAUUGACGUCGCGUGUGCGUUGGCACUUAAACUAUCUGCUUUGGCUAUCGCUCAUCUGCUUCGGCAUGGCGGUGUAUAAUUUUAGACAACUACAGCACUUGGGCUAUUAUUGGUACUCCAUUGGGUAUAGCAUUAUCAUUCGUCUACGUGUCAUACAGUUGUGUGUUUAUGUGUGUGUGUUGCGAAAUUAUUUGGAGUGCCUUUGUAUGAAAUUACAACAGCUUGUAGCAUAUCGUACGGCGCCAAACCAACAGCUUUUGGAUAUUAACUAUGAAAACCUACAAAGUCUCGAAUAUCUUCGGGCAAUUAAGCAUAUCUACGAUGUACUCUACAAAGCAUUUGAGCAACUCAACGAAUUCGCUGGCUGGUCUCUCUUUGCCAUAAUAACCUGUUAUAUUUUGGACUAUUGUUGUGUACUCUACUGGGCUUUGCUCAGCUGGGAGGGAUAUCUGGAGAAUUGCAGCUAUUAUGUGGCAACCUUUUGGUGGAUUUUACCCAUGACCGCUGUAAUGUGGCACAUUUGCUACUUGUGUCAUAAUUGCAAACAAUUGGAUCGUUUGUUAGCCACAAACUUGAGCCGUAUAAUAAUAACGAGUUACUCGCAGUCAAAGUGCUCUUACCACAUUUUUCUACAGCAAUUUUCCACACAAUUAGAGCUGCAAGGCAUCGUAGUGGCCGCAAAAAGUUUCUUUAUAUUAGACUUGCGUUUACUAAUGUCGGUUUUAAUAUCUGUGACCUCAUAUAUGGUGAUGUUAAUACAAUUUUUAUAUAUUUAA